AUGGCCAAGAGCGCGCGAUCGAGUACGAGGAAGGAGAACAAUCGGCGCAAAUUUGCCAGCGUCUUCAGCCCAGCUGAGGCCGCCCGCAAUGAGCGGCUCUCCGCAAAGCUGUUGCAACUGGCAAGACAGCCCAAGCCGGAGUCCUCUGAUGUUAAGAUGGAUGAAGAUGCGGCCGAGGAUGAUGAUGCAUCAUCAGUCAACAAACAAAGCGCUGACACUACUGCAAUGGAAAUCGAUCCAAAGCCAUCUAAACUGCGGAUCGAAAAGAAGCGCAUAAACAAGAGGAAGCAGAAGAAGUCAAGCAUUGUAUUCCAAAAGUACAGUGACAGGUCUGGAAGGAAGAAGAAAUCCAGCAAGUAA